CUGUUGCUGCUGAUGUUGUUGAGUAUACAUCUUGGCAGGUGUAUAAGGUUCUCCUCGUAUCAUGAUUGUUGUAUUUACUUGUACACUAAGUUGCUUCUUUUCUUGUAUUCUUUCUUCUAGUAAUGCAAUCUCAAGUGAUUUAUCUUGUUGUGUCUUUUUCUUCAAGUACCAUUGUGAACUAUUGCCAAAAUACGUCAAUGUAGGAUACAUGAUUGAAAAGAAAAGUGAAUGAUAAUUUAGUGCCCUAAGAGUAAAACGAACAAUUUUAUGCAUGUGACUCCAAUUUCAUUCUUUUUCUUUGUUUGACAUCAUGACCUUAAAAUCAAAAACGACUUCACCUCCACCUGCUGCUGACGAUGCAGUCUAUGAAGUAGAAGCGAUAGUUGAUCACAGAAGGUCUUUAAGAGACGAUAAAAAAAUAGAUUAUUUAAUAAAAUGGAAAGACUAUGACAGCUCAAGUAAUACGUGGGAACGAGAGGCGAACAUUUACUCAAAGGAGUUAGUAGAUGCAUAUUGGAGUACUAUACCAUAUACAAUGGACGCGUUUCGACACAAUAAGCAUAAUACGACCAAAAAGCGAACUCAUUCACCUAGUCCAGCCCGCUUAGAGCGUAGUCAAUGGAUCCAUCAAGUCAAAAUGUCCGAAAUCAAAGCAGCACCACCUCUAGGUUAUAUGUGGAAGGAUAUCGAAGCCAUUGUGAAUGUAUUCAAGACAGAACCCAAUAUCUUCUUUGCAGAAGUCAAAUGGCCUGGUAUACAAGUCAAUACUUAUAUUCCAACACGCAUUAUUAAGAAAUAUAACCCCAUCAAGUUGAUUUACUUUUAUGAAAGUCAAAUCGAGUUUCAAUUACCAUCUGAAGCGUAAAUUCAAAAUUCUAGUUUUUUUUUAUGGUCGCGUCUUUUUUCG